AUGAGGUCAUUCAGUUUCUCCGAGGCUACCUAUCAAGUGACAACGAGGGAACAAGAUGGAAACAAGAAGAAGUCGAUUGUUUACGUGGAAAGAGAGGAAAAAGAGAGAGAGAGAGGGAGAGAGAAAAAACGAAAAAAAAAAAAAAAAAACAAACCCCCAGAAUUCAAUUCCACUGCUUUUCUACGUUUCUCUUUCUACGUGUCUCUUUGUCUCUUUGUUUGUGUCUGUGUCUGUGUCUCUAUCUUUGUGUCUCUGUCUCUGUGCGUUUGUCGCUCAACUUUUUGGUCGCACGUCGUCGUCGCACAUCGAUCGCUUCCUCGUUGCUCUCUGUUCUCUGCUUACGUGGCAGGGCCUGACAGAAGCAUACGAUUUGAUCAGAUGGAACGGUGA